CGUUCCUGUGAGCAAAGUGGCCAAUCACCGGCCUCCAUUCUACAAUGGGCGUGCCCUGCAUUCGGUGGACAGAAACAGUAGCUAACCAGAGUAGAAACUAAGUUAGCUCCUCAGCUAGUUAGCAACUUCUGAAAUGGCGUCGUUAGCGGCGACAGAACCAGCGGCGUGCCCGGGCGCGACACCGGCCGCGGAGUCCGUAGUGCCCGCUUGCAUGUUCGCACCGGACCGGGGAUGUGGCGACGACCUAUCCGGCACGGACGACUUCGAAGACGGCGAGGGCACGAACGGCGAGUCCGCGGAUCGCUUGCACUUAAGCAACAAGCUGGUUCUAGUGAGCCCAUCGGGGGAGCAGUACGAUUCGUUGCUCCGGCACCUGAGGGAGCAGAUCGACGAAGGCUGUGGAGAGACCAUCUACGUGGUUGGGAUGGGCUCAGACGGGGGCGACUAUGGCCUGGACGAGAAGGACAUGGAGGCGUCGGUGGCCACGGUGCGCUCUCUGUGUGAACAGAUCGAGGCCGACCUGAUCCUGCUGAGAGAGAGGACAGACACCGGCGGGAGGAUCCGGGACUACCUCAUCCGGCGGCGUGUGGGCGAGCAGGACUUCCUGGAAGUCAGGGUUGCGGUGGUAGGGAACGUGGACGCGGGGAAGAGCACCCUGCUGGGGGUUUUGACCCACGGUGAGCUGGACAAUGGCAGAGGCUUUGCUCGCCAGAAGCUCUUUAGACACAAACAUGAGAUGGAGAGUGGCAGGACCAGCAGUGUGGGCAAUGAUAUCCUGGGUUUUGACCAGGAGGGACAGGUGGUCAACAAGCCGGACAGCCACGGCGGCGGCCUCGACUGGACCAAAAUCUGUGAGAAGUCGUCGAAGGUCAUCACCUUCAUCGACCUGGCCGGCCAUGAGAAGUACCUCAAGACCACCGUGUUCGGCAUGACGGGACACCUGCCCGACUUCUGCAUGCUCAUGGUGA